UUCAAUGUUCGAACUUUGUUGAGAAGAUCAAGAGAUCAGUUGACAGUCUACAUGCUUUGGAAAAAAUACCUUUUGAUUUAAGAAUUCAAGGCAUCAGAAAAUCCUUUUUUUUAGGUAGAAAGAGCGUAAGAUUUGACCGUGRAUGGAGAUGAUGGAACAUUCGAUGGACGGUAGUCUUCGGCACCGUAGCAACCAAAAACGUUUAGGAAUGAGCUUUGACGCUACUUCUGAUGUAUUAYCUACGAAAGCUAAUAAGCUAUCUCAAAUGAAUCCUUAUGAGAGAAAUAGUUUGCUGGAUAUUUCACGCAGACCUAGAAACGGCUUUUCGAAAAGUCUCGGGAAUUUGAGUAUGUUGGAUUCGCCCCUUGGAAAUCAGAAAAGAACUGUUAUGUUUGAGGAAGAUCUUCGAGCGCACGCUGAAAUGCUUGAACGAGCGAGGUCGAGGUUUCGUGAACUCGAGCUGAAAUACCCCGAGGUAUUCCGUAAUUCUCCUAGCACUGCAUCUAUGUCUUCCUUAAAUAUGUGGCGAGGAUCAGGGACGGUUAAACAACCUUCUAUUGAACUGACUAUUGAUCAGUCGAUGUUUGAAAAUCAGAGCCAAGAGCUCGAGGUCGGAGAGAACGAUGGACUUGGCGAUCUGUCAGAUGUACCGGUGUAUCGUAAACUCAGUUCUGGAGCUCAAAGAAGAAAGGCUCCGCUUCUCUCCUCUUCUAUGAGAUCUCAUCACCUUGAAGACAGCUGUGAUAGUGCAUUCGACGAAAUAGAUAGGGAAUCUAAUCAUUCGCGGACCUCGCAUGAACGAAGCCCUACAGCCUCCAACUCGCGAACGUCUUCACGUUUCUUGUAUCCAGGCGAUAGUUUAGAGUCUGAUAAAGACAGUGGAAUAUCGGCAGAUCAGCCUUUUAUUCCUACUCAAAAACCACCAAUAUAUCCUAAACGUGCAGGUUUUACAAUUUCCAAUCCUGGGAAUAUUAGAGGAACUAAGUCUUUGAGCUUAUCACAACCAUCUCUGGCUUGUAAGAAUGAAAGCGAGCCGGGAAAAAGGGUCGAUCGACAGGGGAUUCUAAAGUCAACAGCAUUUAGAAAUCAAGGUAUUCGAAGUGAAAGUCUCGAAGCAGAAUUCCCUCUAGACGACGUCAAAUAUCAAGCCCGAAAAAACCGCUUACAAGCAUUAAGAACAGGUUCUGAUGUCUACCGGCGAAGUGUAGAAAGCUUAGAUGACAUUGAAUCUGAUGCUGAUACAGUCUACAGCAUAAGAAGUGAAAUCAUAGUAAGACCAAAACUCUCUGCUCGUCAGCUGUACCUUAGUACAUAUGGCCUUGAUAGAAUCAACGAYGAAAAUGAUUGCAACAAAAAUAGACUAUGUAAAAGCCGAAGCUUACCAAAUCUUGGGUUUUCACAGUCAUUACAUGAUGAUACACCUGGCUUCAACAGUGGGGGUCUAGUGUGUGAUAAUCCGAAGAAACGAAAGAAGCGAAUUCUACAAAGAUUUGGUCGAAGGUCAGGACUUUAUGUAGUCAAUGAUGUACCCACAACUGACAAACCUAGACUUCCUUUUGCAUCGUCCAGCUCAAGGAAGAAGAGAAGGUUGAAGCUUAAGAAAGCAGCAUCGCUCGAGCCAUCUCAUAUUAAUGAAUCAACCAAGGUGUGGUUUGAUCACACAACUGCUGUCAGUAGGCCAUCAAAUGGACACGUCUUGGGCCGUAUUAUCACCAUGCGUGAAGACAUAGGGAUGGCUUACGAGAUUGAAUUACAGCGACCAAAUAAUGGUCUUUUUGGAUUCUUCAUUCAAAAGGGCUAUAAACACUUUCGAAGGGGGAUCUUCAUAAGUAGAAUUAUGGAUUCAAAGGGUGCCAAAUUUCUGGCCGGUCUUCUUAAUCCAGGUGACGARGUGAUAGAGAUCAACCACCAAAACACAAAAACUAAGACUAUUGCAGAGGUACACAAUAUAAUGGCUAACUCUGAUAAGUUGACAUUGACGAUUCUUCCUUAUAUUGGCCGCAAAGACUGGUAAACACUACAAGAUGAUCUACACUUAAAGGUGCAAGUUAAAUCACAAUGCAUGGCCCGCCGAUUACUAGCAUUUGGAGAUAGCAUGGCCAUUUUGAAUCGAAAGGUUUAUAGCUUCCUAGCAUUUUGAAUUUCAAAAUGAAUUUCAAGCUAGUUGUUACCAGUGGUGUCAGGGCUGAAAUGUCGUUGAGUAAUCCCACAAAAUUUACACGACAGUUAAACUAUUUUAAACAUUGCUAAAAAAGACUGGUUUCAUUCACAUUCAUAUUUUGAACGAGCUCUACGCUCUUGGACAACACAUGAUUAAAUAAACUAUUAUUAUUAUUAUUUCAUAUUUUAUUUAUAUAGCUAGCUGGAGACUGUGGAUUCAAAAAUAUUAUGGAAAUAUUUUCCUUCUAAGCUUGACUUGAAAUAUUUCAUUGCCUCUCAGUUAAAAAAAUGCUAUCCCUUUUACUCUGUUGCUUAAACUAUAAUAUUAAUAUAAUCUGCCAUCACUCCAUAAAUAGUUAGUUUUCGUGUGCAUGUAAAAAGUCAUUUUGAUUUUUAGUUKUAGCUUUUAUAAAGUUGGUGUUAAGGUGAUAAUUUAAAAAUAUCCAAAUCACAUAAUUAAUAUCAAAACUAUAGCUUGAUUGUAUUUAUAUAAAGGUCAAUUAAUUUACAUAUAUUUAUUUAUUAUGGUAGUUUUGGAUCUGAAAAUUAAUAGACAAGCUAUAGAGUUGAUAGGUUAAUAUUUGGUGAUGUUACAUUUUGUAUUUGGCUUCUCUAAAACAUCCAUACUCUUGCAUAAUUCAAUAAUACGGAAAGGCGGAGUUCACUCGUGCACAACUUUUUCCCGCCAAGACUCAGUAGUAAACGCAGUCAGUGACAAAAGUAUGGGUAAAGUGCGAGCUUCUCGUGUGCUUUCAGAAGUGCAAUACUGCUGAACAAAGCAUGAAACAAGUGAAUAAAUUAUAUAAAACAAAUGCAAAGUAUGCCAGUUAUUUUAUGAAGCUAUAUGUGUGUAUUGCUUUUAUCGCAGUUGAAUUUAAUAUACCUGAAACGUGUAACUACACAUUAUAUUAGAUAAAAUGGUAACUUUGUACAAAUUUUUUGAUUGAGUUAGACUUGUUGAAAAAUUAUAUAUCAAUAUAAUUAUAUCRUCCAAAAUAUUAAUGCUAAUUAAUAAUUCAAUGAAGGCCUUAAUUAAUUAACGCCUAUAGCAAUUUCUUGAAUUAUCAAAAUUUCACCAAUAAUCAUGGUGCUAGUCAAUGACAUUUUGCACCUGAAUAUUGAUAUUGUAUGUCAAGACGUUUCAUAUUGAACAGCAACUACUGAAAACUCAGAAAAAUAAAUUUUUAUAUUUUUSAUUAAAUGAAUAUUAUAAUCUAUAAUAAUUAUUUCUUCAUAGUUAAAUAUUAUAGCUGUACACUUUAUUUCAUUAGGUAAGAUUUUUUGGUUACUAAUAUUUUAGUGAAAGUAUGACUUGCAUUAUAUUUAAUACUGAAUGUGCUAUCCAGAAUUUUUUUCCCCGUACCAUUGCUUUUCCUGACUCUUUUGACCUUUAUAAACUUCAAGAUGAACAGUUUUUUGGCCCUUCCACCCAUACACUAUGAUUUCAAGUAAUAUAUAACACAGACUUUUGGAAAUUUGAUGAAAGCAAAAAUAAGAGAAAAUGCACAGCAUCUCAGUCUGCAACUUGAAUUUUCUAGGUCAAAAAACAUGAAAAGCAUAUUUAAUCUUAAUUUUAUAUUGGCAUUGGUACACUAAUAUUUAGAACUGACAAAUAAUCAGUUGUUAAAUAUUCCAUCWUACAGUUGCAUUCAGUGAACACGAAUAAUAGUUCUCAGCCAAGGCAGGAGUUGCUGAGCAUGAUAAACUAUAGUUUUGCUAUGYGCUGCAUUUCCAACYUGGAGRUGAAACUAUUAUGUGUAUUUGUAGUCACUGAACGCAACUGUUAAAUGGAGGAUUAUCUUCUUCCCUUCAAACAUAGGUUAUUUAUUCCCCAUUCUGUUAUUAAAGCUUUUAUUUUGAUUCUCUAAA